CGCAUCCUCGCAACAUCACCUCCCCAACUGUUGAGCACAUGGCCCAAGAUUUGGCCCCGGACUGGAUCCUACAGCAAGCCCUCUCUGCUCAGAAUACAGCCCACAAUGCAUUUGUCCGAAGCAAGCCGGAGCUGAGAGCACAAGAUGGAGGGCUCACUCUUGCGGUGCUCGGGUGCGGCACCAUGGGCAGUGCCAUCCUUGGAGGCGUCAUGGCCUCGUUGCAGUUGCAGUUGCAGUCCAAGUCAGACCACCGCACCAACACUCCACAUGCCAUCCCCGAUCGGCGACCAAACAAGUUCAAUGCCUGCGUAAAAACCUCCUCAAGCGCCAAAAGAAUCAGAGAAGAGCUUGGAAAAUACCACGCCGACCUCAUCGUCUGGGAAAACGACAACCUGGGCGCUGUAAAAGCAAGCGACGCCAUCAUACUCGCAUGUGAGCCCCACAUUGUAGGCCAUGUCCUGCGCGAAGAAGGCAUCAGAGACGCACUUGCAGGUAAGCUGCUCAUCAGCGUAUGUGGCGGAGUCCCAGAAACCUACAUUCACGAUACUCUCUACCAAUCCGCGCCACCUCCUCCACCACAGUCACAGUCACAGUCACACACCUCGAAAUGCACCAUCGUCAUAGCAAUCCCCAACAUCGCUGCCUCAGUCUGCGAAUCCAUGACUAUAAUCUCUGCCUCUGCUGCUCUUUCGGAAGAAAACUCCACCCUUGUGAAUUGGAUCUUUAGCAGAGUGGGUAGGGUCGCGAAUGUUCCUUCGUCGCGCAUGAAUCCCGCUACGGCUUUAUGUGCUUCGGGACCUGCGUUGUGUGCGGUCAUGAUGGAGGCGAUGGCUUCGGGUGCUAUUGCCAAGGGCAUGCCUCGUGCGCAGGCCUAUGAGAUGGCUGCACAAGCUAUGAAGGGUGCGGCGAGUUUGGUGCUUGAAGGAGAACAUCCGGCGCUGGUUCGCGAUCGUGUCUCGACGCCGGGAGGCUGCACGAUUGCGGGCAUACAAGUUUUGGAAGAAGGCUCGUUUCGUGGAGUCGUGGCGCGAGCGGUUCGGGAAAGCGCUGCUACGCUAUCGCUGCUGGCGGGUGAGCGCCAGCCGGAGGAAUAAUGCUUCCUGCGCAGAGCAGUGCUUUUAGAUAGACUAGACAUCCCGUGGACGUAAUCGACUCCACUUCCAUUCUCAG